GCCGCGCGCAGACAAGAUGGCGGCCGCCACGGGGCGUGCGGCGGGAGCUGUGCCGGCGGGAUACACGGCUCUGGCGGUGAAGUUCGCGGAGCGGCAGCGCUCGCACCACUGCCUGUUGGUGAAGGAGCACCAGGUGCGGGAAGGGGCCGACACCGCGCACCCGCCUCGCCGCACCCUAUUCGUCCUCAACGUGCCCCCGUACUGCGGCCCGGACUCUUUGUCUAGGCUGUUCUCCCGCUGCGGGCAUGUGCAGUCUGUGGACAUCUGUGACAAGCCAGGGCCAGGAGAGAAAAAAGAUAAACUGGCAUCGAAAUUCUUUGACCACAAAACUCUAAAGGGAUUUCAAGUAGCAUAUGUGGUGUUCAGAAAACCAGCAGCUGUCCAGGCAGCCAAGGCUCUAUCACAAGAAGGUCCCUUGCUAAUAUCAACAGAGAGCCACCCUGUGAAAACUGGCAUUAGCAAGUGGAUCGCCAGCUAUGAGGCCUCCAUCGUGGAUCCGAAGGAGCUGAAGGCUGAGGUGGACGCCUACAUGCAAGACUAUGAUAAAAAGGUGGCAGAGGAAGAAGCCAAAGCAGCCCUGGAGGAGGGCAUUCCGGACGAGGAGGGCUGGGUGAAGGUGACGCGGAAGGGCCGGAAGCCCGGCCUGCCCCGGACAGAGGCUGCCAACCUGCGCGUGCUGGAGAGGGAGAAACAGAAGAGGGCCCGCAAAGAACUGCUCAACUUCUAUGCCUGGCAGCAUCGCGAGACCAAGAGAGAGCACAUUGCCCAGUUGAGGAAGAAAUUUGAGGAGGACAAGCAGAGGAUUGCACUGAUGCGAGCCCAGCGCAAGUUUCGGCCAUACUAGGUUGUGCUGAGCUGUUCUUCAGGUGCUGGAGAGAGUAGGAGAGAUGCCUACUGUCUCCAUUUGUCAAAGGAUUUCGAGGAAUUAAGGCAGCUUUGGGUUGCCUCUACUUUUGGAUCUGAAACCGAAGGUCCCAGCAACUGCUGC